GUUGACGCACCUUAAAUACGUAAGCAAGCGAGGGCUGUUUGGGUGAUUUCGUUUGUCCGUCCAAUUAAAAAAAAGCUUCCAAAAUGGACAAGAAAGCGGCGGUUGAUAACGUGGAGGUGCGCCUUCAGGCACUGGAGAAUCGAAUAUAUGGAGACAGAGGGAAUAAAAGUUCGAAACCGUUAAAGUGUGCAGAGUCCUUAGCAAGAAUUCAGGCUGGCUUGACCAAUACAGCCAACAAGAGGGAGCGAGUGAAGAUCUUGCACAAGAAGAUUGAGGACCUGAUGAAGUACCUGGACCCCCAGUUCACCGACCACAUGGCUGUGCCUGACUCUAUGAAGCUGGAGUUCAUCCUUGCCGAGGAGGAUUUCCUGCUUUCCCAGGCUGCUUUGCUGGAGCAGGCCAGCAACCUACAACCACUGCUGGAGAGCACCUACAUUCGAGAUGUUCCUGAGCACACCACCAAGCUCCAACGUCUCUCCCAAAUUCACAUCAAACAGCAGGACCAGACAGAUGCUCAGUCCCUGGAAGUCAAGAAGCUUUUUGAGGAAUACAACAAAAUGAUGUUCCUGCUGUCCAAGCAGUUCACCCAGUGGGACGAGAGCCUGAGGAAGCUGGAGGAGGCCAAGGGCCUCCGGCCUGUAGAGUAACCCCCAUUCGUGAUGAUGAUGGUGAUGAUGAGGAGGAGGAUGGCGAUGGAGUGUGGCACGAACUUCAAUUUGUGUGGCUUUGUAACUGCACAAACUACAAAGCAGUUCUGGGAUUGUUGAGUUGCUAGGCUGGGGGGCAUGGACGGACAGAAGUCGCAUGACUGUUGAACACUCGUCUGGAGGAUUUUCCUCCUCUCGUGAGACAGCUCAGAGUCACCCUGCUCUUAUUUAUUUGCACACAUGCUACUCUCAUCGUAAAUUAGAUUUUCCAGCUUGUCUCCUGCGAGUUGAGUCAUCAGACUUUGAGCGCCUGACCUGUACUCAAGGUUUUUUCCUUUCCGCUUUGUCUCCUGACAUGAUAUCAAUGCCUCUGUGUUUGUUUCAAAAUGUCAAAACAUGACUGCAGGUAAUCUAAUAAAAAUGUUUUUAUUGGA